CAAGACGUCCGUUAGGACGUGUUGCCCUUUCCGUGAGCAUUCUGAGCGUGGGAGUACCUUUGGGGGUGUGUGGCAGGGGUUUCCAGACCCGGCAUCGGCGCCGAAGCCCCUUCCAUCAGGGGUUCGGCUUACGGUCGCCCCUCGCGGGCGGCUCUCGAAUCCUGAAGAACAGCACGCGAACCCGGACCGCCCCGGGGCUGCGGAGGUCCGCUGGGCAGGCAAGAAGAUGGCGGCAGCGUCGGUCUCUGCGACUUCGGCUUCUCAGUUCUCGAAUGUCUUAGGAGAAUCAUCAAAAUCUAAUGGAAGUAUAGUUCGUCACUCCUCAUCUCCGUAUGUAGUAUAUCCACCUGAUAAGCCUUUCCUUAACAGCGAUCUACGACGCUCUCCAAAUAAGCCUACGUUUGCCUACCCGGAGAGCAACAGCAGAGCUAUAUUUUCUGCUCUGAAGAAUCUUCAAGAUAAAAUUCGACGUUUAGAACUUGAAAGGAUUCAGGCAGAAGAAAGUGUGAAAACCUUGUCUAAAGAGACAAUUGAAUAUAAAAAAGUAUUGGAUGAACAGAUACAAGAAAGGGAGAAUUCAAAGAAUGAGGAAUCAAAACACAAUCAAGAACUGACAUCUCAGUUGUUAGCUGCAGAAAAUAAAUGUAAUCUUUUAGAAAAACAACUGGAAUACAUGCGUAAUAUGAUAAAACAUGCAGAAAUGGAAAGGACUUCUGUAUUAGAGAAACAGGUUUCCCUAGAAAGAGAACGACAACACGAUCAAACACAUGUUCAAAACCAACUUGAAAAAUUGGACCUCCUUGAACAGGAGUAUAACAAGCUUACCACGAUGCAGGCCCUUGCAGAAAAAAAAAUGCAAGAGUUGGAAGCAAAACUCCGUGAAGAGGAACAGGAAAGGAAACGUAUGCAAGCUAAGGCCGCCCAGUUGCAGACUGGUCUAGAAACAAACAGACUUAUCCUUGAACAUAAGGCUACUUCAUCUGUUCCUAGUCCAAAAAGAAUUAAAAAAAAGAAGUCAAAACCACCAGAAAAGAAAGGCUCUAAGAACUACUUUGCUGCACAACCACAUUAUAGAUUAUGCUUGGGUGAUAUGCCAUUUGUAGCUGGAAAGUCCACCAGCCCCAGCCAUGCCGUGGUAGCUAAUGUUCAGCAUGUCUUGCAUCUAAUGAAGCAACACAGUAAAGUCCUGUGCAAUGAUCGGGUAGUCAGCAGUGUUCCUUUGGCAAAGCAAGUAUGUUCACGAAGCAUUAAAAGCAAGAAGUCAGUGACACCUCCCUCCUCUAGCAGCAUUGAUGAAGAGCUGGCAGAAGUCUUACAGACUUUGCAAGAUGAGUUUGGGCAGAUGAGCUUUGAUCACCAACAGCUUGCAAAACUUAUCCAAGAAUCACCAACCGCUGAACUAAAAGACAACCUAGAGUGUGAACUGGAGACAUUAGUGGGAAGGAUGGAGGCAAAAGCCAAUCAGAUAACAAAGGUUCGAAAAUAUCAAGCCCAGCUGGAGAAACAAAAGAUGGAGAAGCAGAGGAGGGAAUCAAGACCCACCAGAAAGACUCUUGGUGAAGAGGGAAACAGCAGCAGCCGUUCUUCUACAACCACGGGGACCACAAAUAAGAAGGACUUUGCCAAACCGAGACCUGGAGAAAAAAGUAGGAAAAAUCUUCAGUUACUGAAGGACAUGCAAACCAUACAGAGUUCACUACAGAGCAAUAGUUUGUGUUGGGAGUACUGACUGGUACCAGGCCAUAAAUUUUAUUCAGAUAAUUUGUACCUCAUCCAUCAGAUGUUGACAAUGUACUUUCCAGGUCUCAUACUCACUUAUGUUGGGAUUAAUUAAUAGCAAGUGUUAAGGGACCCAAGCUUCAUUACACAGGCUUCUUGUGCUAACGUAUCACAACUAGAUGUUAAACCAUCUACAUGGAAACCAGGGUAGUUUUAAAGGCUAAGAAGCCACACAUACUCUGUUCCUUUGGUUUGAGAUGAAUUUGCUGUACUGAAAUAUGCACUUUGUAAACAAAUUACCAAUUUUUUACUUGUGGGUGUGAUUUUUUGAAGUAGUUCUACAUAGCUAAGUAAAAUUAGGUUGAAAUGAUCAAAACAUGAGGCUGUCUCACAGGCAAUGUUUGAAAAGUCUCAUUUUUAAAUCUUCCAUCUUCCCCUGGCAUGGAUCGCCCAUUUCUCCUUUCCAGUACAACCAUUAAAUAUACUUUGACAAUUGA